GGCAUGGCCGAAAAUGCUUUCGGCUGCAAUGAGAAACUGAGAGAGACGAUUCCCAUUUCUGAAGCUGAAGCGAAGCCAUUGGAGUGCUUUGCUGCUCCUCACUCUCCGUCUCGGCAAUGGACAUGGAUGUGGACAACCUCCCUCCUACAGCAGCAACAACAGAGGCAUCAGGCGGCAAGCAGCGGAAGCGGCUCGUGGUGAUACUGGUGGGCGCUCCUGGGAGCGGCAAGUCCACCUUCUGCGAGAACGUCAUGCGGGCUUCUCAUCGUCCCUGGGUUCGCGUGUGCCAGGACAUAAUUGGAAAUGGAAAAUCUGGAACUAAGGCUCAGUGCCUUAAGAGUGCCACCAGUGCCCUGGAUGAUGGUAAAAGUGUUAUCAUCGACCGGUGCAAUCUCGACAGAGAACAGCGCGCCGAGUUCGUGAAGCUCGGAAAUCCCCAGGUUGAUGUGCAUGCUGUGGUGCUUGAUCUCCCCGCGCAGCUUUGUAUUUCUCGUUCCGUGAAACGGACUGGACAUGAGGGGAAUUUGCAAGGUGGAAAGGCUGCAGCUGUAGUGAAUAGAAUGUUGCAGAAGAAAGAGCUGCCUAAGCUCAGCGAAGGAUUUUCUCGGAUAAUGUUCUGUCAUAAUGAUGCGGAGAUUCAAGAUGCUGUAAAGACGUAUAGUAGUCUUGAACCCUUUGAUGAUCUUCCGCGUGGCUGUUUUGGACAGAGGAGCCAUGAAGCCAAGGUCCAAGUGGGUAUAAUGAAGUUUCUGAAGAAAGCAGAUGCCCCUUCUUCAGGCAGGACGCCUAAAGUGGAUAGGGUUCAGCGUCAUCUAUCUCCUCAGAGCUCAGACAAGAAAGAUCAGAGCUCCGAAAGAAAAGACGGUGGGCUAGGCUUAAUAAAUUUUUCCGAGAAGGAGGAAAUGGGAAGUAAAGAAACUGCAGCUUGUUCUUCUAGCAAUGAUAUUCCUACUCUGGCAUUUCCAUCCAUUUCAACAGCCGAUUUCCAAUUUAAUCUAGACAAAGCAUCUGAUAUUAUUGUCGAGAAAGUUGAGGAGUGUCUAGGUAAGCUCGGAAAUGCCAGACUUGUUCUGGUGGAUCUGAGUCACGGAUCAAAGAUUUUGUCCUUAGUGAAGGCAAAAGCUGAAAAGAAAAACAUUGACUCGAGCAAGUUCUUCACUUUCGUCGGGAAUAUAGUCCAUCUGUUCACAAAAGGGGGUUUGCGCUGCAGUGUUAUAGCCAAUGCUGCUAACUGGAGACUGAAACCUGGAGGUGGAGGGGUGAAUGCUGCUAUUUUCAAUGCUGCAGGUGCUGAUUUCGAGGCUGCAACCAAGGACCGAGCUAAAUCACUCCAACCCGGGCAUGCGGUGGUUGUUCCUCUUCCUUCAACCUCUCCCUUACAUAUCAGGGAAGGUGUAACUCAUGUGAUACAUGUCCUUGGACCGAAUAUGAACCCUCAAAGGCCAAACUGUCUCGGCAAUGACUAUAAUGAGGGCUGCAAACUCCUCUGUAAAGCCUAUUCAUCACUUUUCGAUGGUUUUAUGUCUAUACUCAAUAAACAAGAAAACAUCAUUCCGGAACCUUCUAAGAUGUUGCCAGGAAGUGAUUGUGGUCCUGAUGGUUCUAACCAGAAUUUCGAUCAGAAGAAUAAGAGGGAUGGUGAAUUUUUGUCUGAAAAUAGCAAAAAGAGCAGAAGCUCUCAAAAUGAUGCUAGAGUUGAAGAGGCAAACAAAGAUAAUGAGAGGACAGGAGCAAAGGGAUGGGGUUCGUGGGCCCACGCUCUAUACCAAAUUGCCAUGCAUCCUGAGAGGCACAAAGAUGAUACUUUUGAGGUCAGUGAGGAUGUUGUCGUGAUAAAAGACGUAUACCCCAAGGCACAGAGACACCUCCUCGUGUUGGCACGCACUGAAAACCUUGAUCGCCUGUCAGAUGUACGUCAAGAACACCUUGAUCUACUUAGGAGAAUGCAUGCCGUGGGUCUGAAGUGGGCAGAGAAGUUGUUACAAGAGGAUGAUGCAUCUUUAGUUUUUCGUCUUGGGUAUCACUCGGUGCCAUCCAUGCGACAGCUGCACCUUCAUGUUAUUAGCCAAGACUUCAACUCCCCACAUUUGAAGAACAAGAAGCAUUGGAACUCAUUCAACACCGCAUUUUUUCGGGAUUCUGUGGAUGUCAUCGAGGAGGUGAGCAGCAAAGGGAAGGCAACAAUAAAGGGCGAUGAGGGCUUGUUGUCGAUGGAACUGCGUUGCCAUCGUUGUAGGAGCGCACAUCCUAACAUUCCUCGACUGAAAUCGCAUAUCACCAACUGCAAAGCCGCCUUUCCUGCUGCCUUGCUUCAAAAUGGCCGCUUAGUACACCGACCAGGUGAGGUCGGGACUGUUAAGCCUUAGAUAAGGCUUUUAUAGUUUCUUGCCUGUCCUUGGAGCUUUUGUAGAUAAAGAGGUAAAUCUAGGUGGAUAUUGAAUCAACCAAGAAGGCAGCUGAUCGAACUGGUACUUUCUUUUGAGCACAUAAUCAAUCGGUUUCCUUUGAGUGCAGAAUCAAUUGGAUUCUGCGAUGUAGCUGCAGGAACUUUUCUCUCAAUUGUUUUGUAGGAACAUGCAUUAUGUCGUCGAGUUUGAUUUGCAACUCUUGGUGAAACCCUGAAACAAUUGAUAUGAUCUAGAUCAACCACGUGGUUCAA